UAAUUAAUUAAUUAAUUAUAAGAAGGGAAUGGUGUGUAUAAAUGGAGGUUGUGGUUGGAAGUAGGAAGCAAGAGGCAGAGGAGAGUGAUUAAUGCAGCAGAGAGGAAGAGGCUUUAACCGAAGAUCAAGGAGUUUCUCAAGGUCUCGCCUCGCUAUCGAAGGCACUUAAACAAACAAACAAACAAACUUGUUUAUUUUUAUUAUUAUCAUUCCUUUUCAUUCUUCUUCUUCUUCUUCUUCUCCCAUGGCUGCUUCACCACCACCAUCAUCAGGUACUAUGGAUGAGCGUGAGGUUCAGAAAUCUUACUGGAUUCAGCAUUGUGCCGAUCUGUCAGUCGAGGCAAUGAUGCUCGACUCCAAAGCUUCCGAUCUCGACAAGGAAGAAAGACCUGAGGUUCUUUCCCUACUACCAUCAUAUGAAGGAAAAUCAGUUAUUGAGCUUGGAGCUGGUAUUGGAAGAUUUACUGGAGAGUUGGCCCAAAAAUCUGGUCAAUUGCUUGCUGUGGACUUCAUUGAGAGUGCAAUAAAGAAGAACGAAAGCAUUAACGGACACUACAAAAAUGUCAAGUUUUUGUGUGCUGAUGUCACAUCUCCAAACAUGCAUGUUCCUGAAGGAUCUGUUGAUGUGAUUUUCUCAAACUGGUUACUAAUGUAUCUUUCAGAUAAUGAGGUUGAGAAUUUAGCAGAAAGAAUGAUGAAAUGGUUAAAAGAUGAUGGGUAUAUAUUCUUCCGAGAAUCUUGUUUCCAUCAAUCUGGAGAUUCAAAGAGAAAUUACAAUCCUACUCACUACAGGGAACCCAGAUUUUACACAAAGGUAUUUAAACAAUGCCACAUGAGUGAUAAUUCUGGGGAUUCCUUUGAACUUUCUCUUGUGGGCUGUAAAUGUAUUGGAGCUUAUGUUCGAAACAAAAAGAAUCAAAACCAGAUUUGCUGGAUAUGGCAAAAAGUUAGAUCACAUGAUGAUAGGGGAUUCCAAAAGUUCUUAGAUAAAGUUGAAUAUAGCGAGAAGAGUAUUUUACGAUAUGAGCGUGUGUAUGGUCAAGGCUUUAUAAGCACCGGAGGACUUGAAACGACAAAGGAACUAGUAGCUAAGCUUGAACUAAAUCCUGGCCAGAAAGUACUGGAUGUUGGUUGUGGUGUUGGCGGGGGUGAUUUCUACAUGGCUGAAAAUUUUGAUGUUGAGGUUGUCGGUGUUGACCUCUCCAUAAAUAUGAUUUCCCGUGCUAUUGAACGUGCUAUUGGAUUGAAAUACACUGUUGAAUUUGAUUGUGCUGAUUGCUCUAAAAAAACAUAUACUGAGAAAACGUAUGAUGUAAUCUACACUCGUGAUGCCAUGUUAUACAUCAAAGACAAACCAACAUUAUUCAGAUCAUUUUACAAGUGGUUGAAACCUGGAGGUCAACUUCUAAUUACUGAUUACUGUAAAAGUGCUGGAAGUCCAUCAUCAGAAUUUGCCGAGUACAUUAAGGAAGGAGGAUACUAUAUCCAUGACUUGAAAGAAUACGAGCAGAUGCUGGAGAACGCUGGAUUUGAUGUCAUUGUUGAGGAUCGAACUGAUCAGUUUGUGAGAACACUACAGCAGGAGCUACUUGCUCUUGAGAGCCAGAAGGACGAAUUUAUCCGUGACUUCAGCAAUGAUGACUACAAUGAAAUUGUGGAUAGAUGGAAGGCGAAACAGAUCAGGGGGGAACGUGGGGAGCAGAAGUGGGGUUUGUUCAUUGCUAAGAAAAAAUGAUUCGCUUUAGUCGCAUCAUAUAUAUCAUGUUUUAGUGUGCUAGUUAUGUUAUAUUUAGUCCCGUGUGAAAUUAUGUUUUCCAAAUAGUGGUUUGAAUAACUAUGAUUUAUCAGAUGUAUGUUGAACAAAAAUUAUGUUUUGAAUGCUCUUCUUCAGUAUCCUGUUUUUCUUUGAUUUGACAUA